AGGGCGGGUUGAGACAGCCCUGGUCCGGAUCCAGCAGCUGCGAUGGAGCAUUUCACCGAGUUCAAAGCUCCAGUUGAGCGACGCACCACGCAUCCGGCACCGAGGACGUCACGAGCAGGCGAAGUUCACCGGCGAUUGGGCGUGGGCUUUCGGCGCGAGCACAAGAAAGGUGAGGAUGACUCCCAGGAAAUGACAGAAGGCCCUCGGACGGAGUAGACAAGGAGGCGGGAUGGACGCACAACACUGUCCGAGAUAAUCUAGGGAUGUUUCAGUUGGUAUCAGAGCAGUCACUCCUAAAGGACAGUGUGCGCACACCAUCCCGUCAAGAACUCGACUACUUCUGUCCACAUGUUUUGUCAGCUUUCGUAUAUUUCAAUGGAGUUGGGAAAAAGGAAGGAGAGAAAACGGAAAGAAAGUCAUUUAAAAGGAAAAGAAGGGAUACCUGGCAAUUCAGAACUAUGGCUGAAAAAAGAAGAAAAUUUGAGAUAACAAGUUUCCAGUCAUGUUUGUCAGAUGCUGUUACAAAAAUUACAAGCUGGCAUGAGAUUUCAGUGGCUGCAACAGUGCAAUAUAACGAAGAGAAAGAACAAUGUUUACACAACCUUCAUAAACAGGGAAAAAAACUGAAAAAAUAUAAAGAAUUAAAGAGAGAGAAUGAAAGAAAACUGGAGGAAGUGGAGAAAGAAUACAAGUCAAUUUUGGAGGAAGUUCAGAAAGGAAAUCAGAUUCUGUUGAAUCUGAUAAAAAGUUCAAAUGCUACUCUCAGACAGAGCACAUCUUAUAAGGGUAAUGAAAAUUCAAUGAAUACUAUUUUUGAUGUAGACGUGGAAGAUGAAGACCAUGUUGCUUCAGAAAAAAGUGUAGAAAUAAGUGGCCCAGUCAGAAAGAAGUUGAAGAGGAAUGAGGAUGAAGUAGAAGUUGAAUAACAUUUUUUGAUUUCUUUAUCCAAAUUUAUGUUUUGAGCAUUAUAUGAUCUGAUACUAUAUCUUGUUUUCUAGUUGGUCUAUUUUGGUGACUACUCUUUUUAAGUGGAAUUUCAAUACAGUUAAAA